AGCCAGCCAGGCAGCCUGGGCUGAAAAUGCAAUUGGGGGAAAAAGAGACCAACAGUGUCUGGCUCCUGGGGGCGGGGUGUGUGGGGGUGUCUGCUCCAGAGUGGGGGACAGUGGGGACUGCUGGCCAAAAGGAAGUACACAGAGAGGAACUCCAACAACCUGAACCAAAUCCAGUGUUGCCCAAGCAGAGAGUCUGGUUGUGGGGCCGACAGAAAGGAUCAUCUCUGACACUCAGUUUUGUUAUCUGAGAAAUGGGCCUUAUUAUAUACACAUCUGCUUACGGUCUGGUUUGGGAUGGCACAGACCGGGAGGAGUUUGGGCAGUGCCCGGCAUGCCCUGGGAGGCGGGCAAGCCGGUGACAUGCACUUGGUGUUUCUGGGGCCUCAGUGAAGGAAGAUCGCUGCAGAGGCUGGGGAUGUCGCUGUGUGAAGCCCUCUUCCACUUCUGAGGACCCAGCACAAACCAAACGGACAAGACCAUUUGAACUCGGAGCAUCUGCCCUUAAGAGUUGAGUGUCCACAGCCUGGAGUGGGAAGUGGGGUCAGGAAGGCCAGACAGUAAUCUCAGUCUCUCUGUACCCCCGCCCCCACGAUGUGUGUCUGCCUGUCUGUCCGUCCUCUCGUGCCUGGAUCUGCGCAGGCCACCCGCAGUCACAGCACACAGAGGAGAUACGUUAUCCUUGGUGACAGUAGCCAUCAGCCACACUCUAGAAUGGCAGCGACUUCUACAGAGACAUGGACUCCAUCACCCGGCACGCAAGGCAGACUGGUCAUGUCUUGGAUGGAUGCUGGAACCAUCGGAUCCUGUAACCCGCUUCUCCACCUCCAGUACAGACGUCAGGACUUGAGGCUCCCUCCGUCUGCUCUCUUCUGCACUGCACUUGAAUUUCCCUGAGUGGGUUUGGGUACCUGUCAUGUGGACAUGUAUAUGUUGGUAGAAGCCAGAAGUCAACCUUGUGUGUCAUUUCUCAGAGGCACCAAAGAAAGCCAAGAAGCGGAUAGAAGGCGGGAGCUCCAACGUGUUCUCCAUGUUUGAGCAGACCCAGAUCCAGGAGUUCAAGGAAGCCUUCACAAUCAUGGACCAGAACAGAGACGGCUUCAUCGACAAGAAUGACCUAAGGGACACAUUUGCUGCCCUAGGACGAGUGAACGUGAAAAAUGAAGAGAUCGAUGAAAUGAUCAAAGAGGCUCCAGGUCCAAUUAACUUCACCGUGUUCCUCACGAUGUUUGGGGAGAAACUUAAAGGGGCUGAUCCUGAAGAGACCAUUCUCAACGCAUUCAAGGUGUUUGAUCCCGAGGGCAAAGGGUCACUGAAGGCUGACUAUGUCCGGGAGAUGCUGACCACACAAGCAGAGAGGUUCUCCAAAGAGGAGAUCGACCAGAUGUUCGCAGCCUUUCCCCCUGACGUCACCGGCAAUCUUGAUUAUAAGAAUUUGGUCCACAUCAUUACCCACGGAGAAGAGAAGGACUGAGCCCUGAACCACAGCCUCAGGUGACCCACAGCCCACUCUCCAUCCCAGGGCUGUGCGCAAAUAAACAGGAAGUCUUGGCUCUGGC